AUGGCUUUUGUAUUUUAGGCAGAAAGAAAUAUGGUUAUUAAACCUUCGGGUGCUCCUCCAAAUGUAAAAUGGAUUCAAUAUAAUUAGGUUGGCCCUGGUAGCUACCUUUCUCACGAUUAAUUAAAAAUAAAGUAGGGGAAUGCUCCAUUCGAUACACAAGUUACAAGAAAUCAACCAAUUAAACAAGACAAUUCUCCUGGACCUGGGAGUUAUAACAUCUCAAAUGAGGCGUAAGGAUAAAAUAUUGUGCUGGAAUCAUCUCAAUCUGAUGUGAAAGUGGUUGAGAAACCUCAACCUCAAUCUGUGUUUGCAUCUCAAACCAAGCGAUUCCAUCCUCCCAAAACUAUGAUUUCACCUGGUCCUGGGGCAUAUGAUACAACUAACUGUGGAACUAGAGUUAUUCAGUAGUAGUAUACAUCAUAACAUUACAUCGAAACAGUAAUGAAAUUGAAUAAAUAUCAAUCAAUUCCUUCUAUCCCUUCUUCAAAUUAGGUGUAUGGAUACACAGAAAAAGGAAAGAGUUUAGUCCAUGAUUUAGAGGUAAACAAGAUUCCAUUUCAAACAUUUUCUGGUCUUAAAUAAGACUCAGUUGGUCCAGGUCAAUAUGAUGUUAAGGAUGCAUUUGAAUAUAACAAAUAUAAAGGAAGUUUUUGGCAUAAAUCUAAGGCCCCAAGAUUAGCACCCACAAUCUCAAAAGAAAAGGAACUAAUGGUUGGACCUGGAACCUAUGAUCCAAAUGCAAUUGUCGUUCCAUUACACAAAUUAAACCCAUCUGGAAAUUUUCAAUCUAAAUCUCAAAGGAUGUUUGAUUCGACUAAAGAAGAAAAGUAAAAGUAAUUCAUGAAAAUAUUCUUUGAUAAACAAAAGGAUCGCCUUUCAAAGAAUCCGACCAAUUACUUUGAAGAUGACGAAUAUGUAUUUUGUGAUGUAUUCAUUAUUAUUUAUAAACCAAAGGAUACAACCCCAGGUCCAGGCCAAUACUUGGGUAAUGUCUCAAAUCAAUCAGCCAUUUCUACCAAUACUUAAUCUACAACGAAAAUGGGAAAAAACUGUUUCGGUUCUAAAAGCAGGAGAUUUUAAGAAAAAAAAAUGCCAUGUUAUGUUGGUCCUGGAGAUUAUGAGUUGGAAACAGAUAUAAUAAAGGAGGGCGUAUCAUAAAAGUAACCACCAUUUCAAUCAACUAAUUUACGUUUCGAAGCUAAGGGUUAAGAGAAACGUCCAGGACCAUAAACUUAUAAUCCAAAAAUUACUUUGGAAGAUAAAUUGAUUAAGAAAAUAGAAAGAGCUCCAGUUGGUAAUUUUGGAUCGAACUAAUAAAGAUUUAAAUAAUAAGAAAACGAAAUGCCAGGUCCAGGAAGUUAUGAUUAAAAUGGAAAGAAGGUUAAAGGAAUUGCAUCUGUCUUUACUUCCAAAACUAAAAGAGCAGAUGCAGCCUCGGUUCCUAAAGAUAAUUAUCCAGCUCCAGGGGCAUAUGAUGUCAAAAAUUACACUAUUGAAUAAACAACAAAAAUUGAGAAGGAAGAGGAUCCAGAUUUGGCCAUCUUUAAACCAGCGUUUGGAUCAUCAUUACCUCGAUUCUAGCAUAAAGAAAAGAAGGCUAUGGAUUAGCAAGAUGAUGAACAAGAAGAUGAAUAAAUUAGAAUGCACAAUAGUUCAUCCUUGUUUUAGAAAAAAAAGAAUCCUCACCCUCCUUUUAAUAUUAGAGAAAAUAGAUUUAAUUAUGAUAAAAAGAAAGAAGAUUAAUUACUUGGUCCAGGGGAGUACUUUGAUCCAAAAGAAAAUGCUUGGAACAAAUCUACUUUUAAUAUAUUAUUCUAAGAAAUAUGA